CGGUUCCCCCUCCCCCAGGAGGUCACGAUCCCGGUGCGAGCGGCGCUCGGGCCGGCAGGGGAGGGGCUGAGCUCCGGCCACCGCAGCUGCUCGAGCCCUUGCAGCCUGAUUAUCACAUGACUCGACGGCGGCGGUAGCGGUGGCAGCAGCCGCGCCGGCUCUGCUGGCUCGCCGGGUGGGCUCAGUUCCGCUCACGCAGGAGCCGAGCGCAGAGGGCGGGGAAGGGACCUGCUGCGGUUGCCCAGCCGCUCCCGGAGCGCACGGAGUCUCUCCGGGCCCGGCCGGCCCGCUCCAUGCCGCUCCGUUGCGGAAGUGUAGCCGGGGGAGGCGGCGGCGGCGGCACGGAGCGCGGGAGGCCGGGGCCCGGCCCCCUGCAGCACUAAGCUCCGGGAGCCGCGCGGCGCGCCCCAGCGGCCCGGCUGCCUGUGCGCCCGCUGCAGCCUGCAUGCCCCGCGCUGCGCCUCGUCGGGCCCCUGCCGCCGCCUCCUGCUCGCACCGCAGCUGCAGGACGCUGGAGUAAUAUGCUCACUCGGGUGAAAUCUGCCGUGGCCAAUUUCAUGGGCGGCAUCAUGGCUGGCAGCUCAGGCUCCGAGCACAGCGGCGGCGGCUGUGGAGGCUCGGACCUGCCCCUGCGCUUCCCCUAUGGGCGGCCGGAGUUCCUGGGGCUGUCUCAGGACGAGGUGGAGUGCAGCGCCGACCACAUCGCCCGCCCCAUCCUCAUCCUCAAGGAGACCCGGCGGCUGCCCUGGGCCACUGGCUACGCAGAGGUUAUCAAUGCCGGGAAGAGCACACAUAAUGAAGACCAAGCCAGCUGUGAGGUCCUCACUGUGAAGAAGAAAGCAGGGGCCAUUACCUCAACCCCGAACAGGAACUCGGCUAAGAGACGGUCCUCCCUUCCCAAUGGGGAGGGGCUGCAACUGAAGGAGAACUCGGAAUCAGAAGGCGUUUCCUGCCACUACUGGUCGCUGUUUGACGGUCACGCAGGGUCUGGGGCCGCGGUGGUGGCCUCCCGCCUGCUGCAGCACCAUGUCACGGAGCAGCUGCAGGACAUCGUGGAGAUUCUCAAGAACUCUGCUGUCCUGCCGCCCACCUGCCUGGGCGAGGAGCCAGAGAACACGCCCGCGCACAGCCGGACUCUGACCCGCGCGGCCUCGCUCCGCGGAGGCGUGGGGGUGCCCGGCUCCCCCAGCACCCCGCCCACGCGUUUCUUCACGGAGAAGAAGAUCCCGCAUGAGUGCCUGGUCAUCGGGGCUCUGGAAAGCGCGUUUAAGGAAAUGGACCUUCAGAUAGAACGAGAGAGGAGCUCAUAUAAUAUAUCUGGGGGCUGCACAGCGCUCAUCGUGGUUUGCCUUUUGGGAAAGCUAUAUGUGGCAAACGCUGGCGACAGCAGGGCCAUAAUCAUCAGAAAUGGAGAAAUCAUCCCCAUGUCUUCAGAAUUUACCCCCGAGACUGAGCGCCAGCGACUUCAGUACCUGGCAUUCAUGCAGCCUCACUUGCUGGGAAAUGAGUUCACACAUUUGGAGUUUCCAAGGAGAGUACAGAGAAAGGAGCUUGGAAAGAAGAUGCUCUACAGGGACUUUAAUAUGACAGGCUGGAAACACAUGGAUACUCUUAUGGUGAAGAGGGAGAGUGGGUUGCCCUGUGCAGGGCCUCCUCAAGGAGCAGGAAGCAGCCUCCAUUUACUGCUCUGUGGCUUUGGGUUUGAUUCCUUUGGAAAUACAGAUGGCUGGCAGGAAAAAGGAAGCAUGAGGGCAUACAAAACCAUUGAGGAUGAUGACUUGAAGUUUCCCCUUAUAUAUGGAGAAGGCAAGAAGGCCCGAGUAAUGGCAACCAUUGGAGUAACCAGGGGACUUGGGGACCAUGACCUGAAGGUGCAUGACUCCAACAUCUACAUAAAACCAUUCCUGUCUUCAGCUCCAGAGGUAAGAGUCUACGAUCUCUCCAGAUAUGAGCAUGGAGCAGAUGAUGUGCUGAUCUUGGCCACUGACGGACUCUGGGAUGUUUUAUCAAAUGAAGAAGUGGCAGAAGCCGUCACUCAGUUUCUUCCUAACUGUGACCCAGAUGACCCUCACAGGUACACACUGGCAGCUCAAGACCUGGUGAUGCGUGCCCGCGGUGUCCUGAAGGACAGAGGAUGGCGAAUAUCUAAUGACCGACUGGGCUCAGGAGACGACAUUUCUGUAUAUGUCAUUCCUUUAAUACAUGGGAACAAACUUUCCUGAAAAUGGCCCAGGGCAUUGGGAGCACAGCAGGAGAGAAAGCUGGGAUACCUCCAGCAGGGUGGGACUGGGAAGUGCCGCAGCAGAGCUCCAGGGGAUACAGCUCUUCCCAUCCCAGGUUGGGGGUUUGCUGCCAAAAGUCCUCUGGCUGUACUUCUGGGGGACCCUUAGUUUUCAGUUUCCUCUUCAGUAACAGGUCUGGAUACUCAACAGAGCAAAACACAAAGGCUGCUACUGAGUGUUGUGUUUCUUUUGGUUCCUUUAAUAGGCCUCCUAGGUAGCCCCUGCCUAUUUGGGGUACACAUGUCGUAUUUAUUUGGAGUAGCUGGGCAGCCAUUUUCAGGUGUAACUGGCAGAAGACUCUUCAGCCGGUCAAGCUGCCAGCUUCUCUACGGGUUAAACGUACUGCAUUGGAAAGUUGGGGAUCAUGCCUCAGAAAGUGUAAGCACCCACCUUCUAGUAAGCCUGAGACUGAUAUCAGGGAACACCAUCUGUGUGUGUGUGUCUUUCUUUUUUUCAUGGCUAUGGUGGGGGUGAAGCAGGGAUUUUUUUUUUCUUUUUGAUAUUCCUUGAAUCUUAAUUGUUUCCCUUCCAUAAAACAGGCCUGGGACUUUCCAGUUCCCUACUGAGGAAUUUGUGUGUCAAAGUCCAGCCCAGGCUGUCCUCAUACCCAGUAGCCCACACCACCCAGGCAGCCUUCUGGAGCAGUGCCCAGGCCGACAGAGUCCUGUCUUUGUUGUGUAACAGUUUGUUCCUUAGUUGCAUUUUUCUGACCAAAUCAGUGUGUUUUCAUGAAAAUAUGGGUGUUUCUUUGGACCAAUAGUUCCUCUGUUGUUUUGAAGGAUCUCUCCCUUUUUGUGGCUUGAGAUUUCUCUGAGAAUCUAGGUUAUCAUUUCUGGACUAGUUGGCCCUCCCCACCUGCUGUGCCAUGGGGACACAUGUAAAGCAGUGUUUAAAAGAUCAGAACAGGAAGUUCCAUAUAUCAGUCAGGUCACCACACCUCAUGUGAAGACCAUCCCUCCAUUUUGGAUCCAGGUUCCAUGGGCUGUGACUGUGCCCAAGGCCACUCCACGUCAGUAAGUGUCCGUGUUCUGUUAAGGAGCAGCAGUCCUGUUCUCCCCCUCGUCUUUGGGCAAGGCCCACUCUGAAUAGCCACUUGAGAAAAGUGAAUUAGAAUUGGGUUGACUGGUCAUUCUGAUGCUGUGCGCCCCCCGUUCCUUCCCCUUGGACUCCCGUCCCAGCCACCCAACACCUAAAGCCCCACUUCCCACCACUGCUCCACUUCUGAGUGUUCCUCACAAGAGCUGCAGAAGCAGUGGACACCAAGUCUGCCUGCUGCUUCUCUCCCACAAGGAAUCAGAAAAUAGAAUUUUUGGAAAUUACUUCUCUUAAGGAGACUACUGCUCUGCACUGGAGGACCCUGUAGAGUGAUGUCCAGUUACUGAGGCUGCUUCCUGAACACCCCCUGUGGCUUCAUUGCCAUCUUGACAGUUUUGUGUAAUUUAAAUGUUCUUCCCACCCAAUGAAGAAAAAUGUCAUUGAUGUGAUUCCCAAAACUGCUGGAGAGCCAAUCCCAGCUUCCAUGUUUGUUGAGUCCCUUCCCCAGAGAAGAGGAAAGGAACCUUUCCUCCAGGAUAGUUCAUCACCUUCCUGGAGUUGUAGAUAUUUUAUUAGGAAAGGUCUGCCUGGAGCCUCUCUACUCAGGAAUGAAUUCAUUCCACAGUGUGGAAAUGAUGCCCGGUCUGGUAGGUAAGGUACCAUGCGAAUUUACCAAGUAGCUGUUUGCCAAAAUGUUGCCUGGGAAGAAUUGGACUACUGCCUUGUCAGGGGUCAUCUUCAUCUGACAGCUUCCCUUCUCCUCCAGGAGAUCUAAGCAACCCCAGAAGGCUCUGUGGGGACAAGUCCAUGGUAAACCAUUUGCUUCUCUGGCAGAAUAAGAUGCUGUGGGACAACACGCAGGCAUCUCCCAGCAGUGUGGUCCCCCUUCUGUUCCUGCCCUGACUCAAAGUCACAUGCAAAUGGAAACCAAGGAAGUUUUUUGUGGAGGACUCUGACCUCCCUUCUUUGGGAACCUGUCCUCAUCAGCAGUCACCUCUUCCUCAUGUUCCCAUUGCCUUUUUGUUUUCUCUCCCAGGCUUCUGUAUUGGUCCUGCCUUGAGCUUUUCUACUUUUAUUUGAGCCGCUGGAGUCUGACUUUGGGUGUAGAUGUCAUGAGAGUCUUCUACUCAAUUCACCAAUUCAUGUACUGCCAAGAAAUGUCUCAGGAAAAAUUCUGGAACCCCCUUUUCCAAUUUAUCCUAAAGUCUUGAGCAUUUUGUUCUGCUGGUUUUAGUUAGAAAGGUAUCCAGGAAUUCUUUUCAUAAGCCUCCUUGGUGGAAAGAUCUUAGUAAAAAGCUGAAGCCCUAUUUCUGUUUGGAGGAUGAGAGGAAAAUUACAAAUGAGAUGGAUAAAUCAUAUGUGGAAAAAGUGAUUUGUUAAUACCCAUAGCAGAUCUACCCAACACUGAUAUUGCUCUGUGAAUUGAGCUCAUUCUGUUUGGCUUUAUUUUUCACCCAGGCCCUGUGCCUUCCCAUUCCGGAGCAGUAACUGUCUACAUAACAGGGUUGGCCCUAGGAGCAUUCCUGGAGAGGUCAAGAGGCAAGGCAACACAUUCAAAAUUCUGAAGAACAUAUUUAUAUGUGGUUCGGAAGUCUUGUGUGUCUGACUUAUAGCCAAAUCUCCUUGUCCUAAUGGCCUCAGAGGAAGUCUUGUUUAAUAAAAAGCUUUCAAUUUCCUAGUCCAGUCUUUAUGGUUGUCUUGGGGCGUGUGUGGCCACUUUCUCUAAUGAAAGGUUCUUUCAGUUCUAAAUCUCUUUGUUGGGCUGGACCCUGCUCUUCACAAUACCUGGGGACCGUCUUUUUCUUAAAGAGGGCAAACGCACACUCUGUCCACACCCUGCAGCAUUUUGCCAGGUGACAACCAAACCUUUGUUCUCAUGACCCCUGCAGUGAGAGCGCGCCAGUUGGCAGGAAUGGAGGGUCUGUUCUCUGGUGGUUCUUACCUAACUGCCAUUCCUGGUGUGGGAAGGGAGAGGUGAAAAUCAGGCUAGGCCAAGUCCUCGGCUGUGGACUAGGAUAAAACUACAAAAAAGUGGCAACUUCAGUCCCUUUCUGCAACUUGGGGGAAUUUAGGGUGCUUGAUCUUUUCAUUCCUAGCAUCUUACCUUUGUGGGGCUGUGCAAAGUCAGCUGGGCUCACCUUUUUCUUACUCCCAAGUAUUCAUUCACUUUUCAACAACAACUACAGCUGUAGGUGGGUAUUGGCGGGCAGGGCGGAGAGUCUCGGGACCAGAUCAGGCCUCAGAUCUUGGCCAUUCGGGCAGGAUUUUUGGUUUACCAAGAGCACUAGCAUGGAAAUGUGGAAAAAGACUCCCACAUCUUUAGAAUUCUGCUUCCUCUCUAGACUGCACAUCCUUCCUUGUCUGCCAGUCCAUUUUUUUUUUUCCAACAUGGCCAAGAGUGGUUUUCCACCACAAUUUUCAGCUCUGACCUUUCCUUAAGUGGCCCAGCAGCACCACUGUUCUCAGAGGGAAUGUGUUAAACUUUUAUGAGAUUCUAUUUUCAGCAAAUUACCGCUUCUGGGACACUUGGAGAAAGCAGUGAAGAGUCAUUGUCUAUGCAGAGAACAAUCAGGCUGACCCUAAAAUUUAUCAGAUCUAAGAAAAGAGGAAAACAGUAUCUGGCCCCAGGACAGGAUCUUCUAUGAGAAACUUGGGAGUCGUGAGGACUGUCCAUUUGCAGCGAAGCAUAAAAGUCUGCACACCGUGCACGGUCCACCGUGCGGAGCUGGCUCUGGGUGGGUGCGGCCGACGAGUACACUGGGAUUCUUCAGAGGACACCAGCGAGCAGCCCUCUGGCCUCUUAGGCACCCAUCGUGGCAGCUCCUUGUCUGAGCUGGUUGCGGGUCUGGGCACGACUGCUCUUUCUAGUCCAUGAUGUUACAUGUAAAUAGCUUUCAUCUUUCCUCCGCGUCUUAGAUGAAGUCUUGUUCACUAGCAACCAGGUAGACAGUGACCAAAUGAGGCUAUAAACAUGGUGUUUUCUACUGCGACGUACUUGAAGGAGAACCUUGUGCCCCCUCCCCCCAAUCUUCCAUAGUAUUUUGUGUUGGGAAAUCCUGAGGUUAUUCUCUUGUUUCUGUUCACUUCCAUUUUCUCUGUUUCUUCUGGAGACCCAGGGAGGCCCACAGUGGAGAUCAUUCGUAAGGAAUGCAUCACGGUCUGGGUUUCCAAAAGUACCAGAUAUACAGGGAAUGACAAGAAUCUGCCUGAAAAUGGUAUCAGGACCAUGUACCUUUAUGCUUUGUGAUUGUGAAACCUUGACUUUUGUAACCCCCCAAAAUGAAAACUGUUUAGUAAAGGGGAUCUAUUUUGUGUGUUUCGAAAUUUAGGUGCGAUGUUCCCUGGAAAAAGCUAAAGAAAUGUAUAUGCUCAGUGACAUUUUAAAAUAAAAUAUUAUAUAUAUAUGUAUAUAGGACACCUUUAGAAAAA